CUGGAAGCUACAGGGUCUUUGGUGGGGCUAAUGGUGGACUCUGGGAGGGCUCAUGCCAAGGAGUGCUUCCCAGAGCUUCUGUUGCCAGUGUCCUUGUCCCUGCGGUGAGCCACAGCCACCCCCCGCCUCUGCAGGAGACCCUGUAACAGUAGCAGAUUCCGUAUGUAAGAGACCACAGUUUCUUUCUUUCUUUGUCUGACUUACUUCACUCAGCAUAAAGACUUCGAAGUCCAGCCAUGUUGUCAUAAAUGAAGUAUGGAACCGUGGGAGAGCUUUCCCAAUCAACAGGAGGACACUAAUAGCUGUACAGAAUCUGUGAAGUUUGAUGCUCACUCAAUGACCGCUUUGCUUCGUCCGAAUCCUAAAAAUGGCCCAACUCUUCAAGAGAAAAUGAAGUCUUUCAAAGCUGCACUGAUUGCCCUUUAUCUCCUUGUGUUUGUAGUUCUUGUACCUAUCAUCGGAAUAGUGGCAGCUCAACUCCUGAAAUGGGAAAUGAAGAAUUGCACAGGUGGUUCAGUUAAUGCAAAUGAUAUAUCUCCAAGUCUCGCAGGAAAAGGAAAUGACAGUGAAGAUGCAAUGAGAUUUCGAGAAGUCGUUAUGGAACACAUGAGCAACGUGGAGAAGAGAAUCCAAUAUCUUUCAGAUAAUGAAGCCAAUCUCAUAGAUGCCAAGAAUUUCCAAAAUUUCAGUGUAACAACCGAUCAAAGGUUUAAUGACGUUCUUUUCCAGCUAAGUUCCUUACUUUCCUUCAUCCAGGGACAUGGAAAUGUAAUAGGUGAAGUCUCCAAGUCAUUAAUAAGUCUGAACACCACACUGCUUGAUUUGCAGCUCAGUAUUGCAACACUGAAUGCCAAAGUCCAAGAGAAUGCAUUUAAACAACAAGAGGAGAUAAGUAAAUUAGAGGAGCAUGUGUACAAUACAUCAGCAGAAAUUAAGUCUCUGGAAGAAAAACAAGUGCAUUUGGAACAGGAAAUAAAAGGAGAAGUGAAACUGUUGAAUAACAUCACUAAUGAUCUCAGGCUGAAGGAUUGGGAACAUUCUCAGACACUGAAAAAUAUCACUUUAAUUCAAGGUCCUCCUGGACCUCCAGGUGAAAAAGGAGAUAGAGGUCCCACUGGAGAAGUUGGUCCACAAGGCAUUCCAGGUCCAGUAGGUCCUCCAGGUCUUAAAGGUGAUCGAGGAUCCAUUGGUUUUCCUGGAAGUCGAGGAUUCCCAGGAUCAGCGGGGAAGACCGGGAGGCCAGGAAAUUCUGGACAAAAAGGCCAGAAGGGGGAAAAAGGGAGUGGAAGCGUGCUAACACCGUCUAAGACAGUUCGACUGGUUGGUGGUAGCGGCCCUCACGAAGGCAGAGUGGAAAUUUUCCAUGAUGGCCAGUGGGGUACAGUUUGUGACGACCGCUGGGAAUUGCGUGGAGGACAGGUCAUCUGUAGGAGUUUGGGAUACCAAGGUGCUCGAAAUGUGCAUAAGGGAGCUUAUUUUGGACAAGGUACUGGUCCAAUAUGGCUGAAUGAAGUAUUUUGUUUUGGGAGAGAAUCAUCUAUUGAAGAGUGUAAAAUUAGACAAUGGGGUGUGAGAGUCUGUUCACAUGCUGAAGAUGCCGGGGUCACUUGCAAUACAUAAUGCACCAUAUUUUCAUUCACAUUUAUGAAAUUGCUGCAAAAUGAUUUUUAUUACUUUGCUUCAUUAAAAUCAGCUUAAUGAAUAUUUAAGAGA